AUGGUGGGGACUGUGGCUGUCAUUCAUCCCACCAUCAUUAUUUUCACUCUACUCUCACAGCCCCAGGUUUUUAAGGGUUCGCUCUUCGUGGGGGUUUCGGCCACCGGCAUCGGUUUGACAUCCGCUCCAUAUCUCGAUACCAGGCACUUCUAUGUAGCCAGGAUGAAUUGCACUUGGAAUAUGCUGCUGGUUCACUGCUAUGCGUUAGGAUCUUUGGCCGAUAUUCAUCCAAUUUUAGACACUGCAUAUUUCAACUAUAAGAUCUCGCCAGCUCCCCGAACGCAAAUGUAUAAAUCUUCAAUCAAACUCUUGCCAAGACUCAAGAAAAGCCCUUGGUGCUACGAGCUAUCGGCAUAUAUCAAUCAUCCCGAAUAA